CGUUAGGUUUAUGUUUAUUUUUUAAUACAAUGUUAAUACGAGAAUACUAAGUGAUAGGUAAGGGUGGGUUUGGUCGAGGUUAGUCAUAAUAUUAUUUCUUUUUAUUAAAAUACAUUUCGUGUCAACGUGUCGUAGAAACCGAUUGGAACACAAAAACGCUAUAAAACGGAACCCUCUUUGUGUGAUACAUUUGAAUGGACGUGCAACAACAACAAAAAUUAAUAUACGUUUAAAGUUUUUUUUUUUCCCUCGGGAACCCAAAAAUCGGUGAUUUUUUUUUCUACUCGGAAAAGUGUUAACGCGUACCGUAUAGCAGUGCCGAGCCAACUGCCGCCGUACAAUGAACAUACCGCCGAUUCGAUGGAGAAGUCCCUUGGCCACAAUAUUUCCCGUCUACUACGCGUGUAAGCUGUUCGGCAUUUUGCCCAUCAGCUAUGCAAACAGUAGAACGAUCCCGUACAAGAAUACGGUACAUUUCAUUGGGAGGAAACACGAAAAUGUGCCAGACGGAUGCUUCGGCGUGAGCAAGAGCGGCCUGGUGCUGUGGAUGGCGCAGCUGACGCUGCAGACGUGGACGUUCGUCCGGAUGUGCUUCUACCUGGGCAAGACCCUGGCACAGCGGCAAGGGCUUGACUGCUCCAAGGACAACUACUGCAGCGUGUUCGGCAUGCUGCUGACGCACUCGAUCAUCAGUCCCAUCGUCGUGUCGCUGGUGCUGGUCCGGUUACCGCGGUCCGUCCAAGUGCUGAACAUGACCGGGCGCAUGUUGCUCCGGUGCCGGUACCCGCGCCGCUGGUGGCUGUCCCCGAGCGCGUACGCCGUGCUCGUCUUCUCGCUGCUCAUCGUCUUCAAGCUCGUGCACACCGUCGUCAACAUACCGCAGAAGUAUCCCGAUCUCUAUUACCCGUACUUCACCGCCUACAUGGUUCCGGUGCUGUUCAUCAACCUCGUCGGCGUCCUGUGCGUGGUCACGCAACACUCCUACGAGGACAUCAACAGAGAAUUGGAAGAGCUGUGUUACGUGAGUUCGAAAACCGAACGGCUGAUACGGUUGAACGCGUUGAUGAACGAUCAUUGGUUUCUAGACGACUUCAUGGAGACCAUGUCAAAUACGUUCGGAACCGAACUGGUGUUCACGAUCAUGGACAUUUACGUGCAACUGUUGCUGUUGGUGUACGUGAUCAUAUGGGACACGGUUGUUCGUCGCGUGUUUGACGAUAACGCAACUCUCUUCGUGUAUAUCAGUGGUAUCAUUGAAUUCGUUAUCAUAGUUGGAAAAUUUGUUUAUCUGUGUUACAGAUGCGAUUCUUCCGUCAAAGAGGGCAAAAGGAUAAUCUUUCAUUUGAAGCACUUGAGUUCAAAACUAUCGAACGAUAUGAAUUCUCAAACCGUUCUGAGGUUAUUUACACUCCGCGUGAACAGUCGUUCCAUACAAGUCACGGCUUCUGGAUUUUUCGAUAUAAAUUUAUCACUUCUGUUUGCGACCGCUGGUGUUGUGUUGAUAUACUUUCUGGUACUGGUGCAAUUUCAAAUAGAAGGUCACAAACAAAUGCUGGAAUCAAACGCUAGUAACGUGACCGUAGAAGUCGCUUGUGAUUCAUGGCCAUGUCUCGAGAGGUUUUAAGAUAAACUUAGUUUUGUAGCCCUAAACACGCCUAAAUCAUAUUUUGCGUUUAAUACAAAAUGAAGUAAGGUAUCAUUCCUAUAUUUUAUUCACGAAGUUGUAAUUUUUUAAAUGUUUAAUAACUCUUUAUAAACUAUGUACCUGUUUAACCAUACUUAAACAUAUUCAAUAUUACAGUAGCACGCGUAGUUGAGAAGAAACAACAAUAUAGUUAUAAAUUGUUAAGUUAAUGUAGAAAAAAGUUAAUUUAAAAAUUGCUUAUAUUUUUUUUUAAUAGUUGAUUUGUUCUAUGCAUACAAGUGAACUUGACAUUAUAUUGAAAGUUAUAUUAUAAAUUUUAAAUUUAA